AUGUCAAGAAAUGGAUACUUCUUUGAAGAAAGUGGGUACCUCAAAUGCGACAUGGACGAUGGCUGCGAGGCCAAGGAGGAGACGGGGGGCGAGGAGCUCUUCGACGCGGUGAACAACACCGUCGUCUCGGGGGACAGCAUCCGCUUCUUCGUCAACGUUAACCUCGAGGUGCCGCCGAAUGCCACCGAUGAAAAUGAAAGUGCUGGCUGCGUGUUACUGCACACAUCAAGGAAGUAUCUGAAAUUAAAGAAUUUUGAGGAGGAAGUCAGAGCCCACAGAGACCUGGAUGGGUUCUUGGCCAGAGCCAGCAUCAUCCUUGAUGAAACGGCCACCUCCUUGGACGAUGUUCUUCGAGAGAUGCUGAAGCACUUUGCUGAAGAUCCUGAGAACAUGGAGCCAAGCUGCAACUUUGAAAAAAUCAUGAGCACUUUAUUCACAGAUUCAGGGACCCCACGAGAAGGGAAUGUUCACCUCUUAUCAGAUACAAUUCAAGGGGUCACAGCGACAGUCACAGGGGUGCAAUAUCAGCAAUCCUGGCUCUGUAUCAUUUGCACUAUAAAGUCCCUUCAGCGACGUCAUGUUUGCAUCAGCCGCCUGGAGAGGCCUCAGAAUUGGGGUGAAAACUCCUGCGAAGUGAGAUUCGUGAUAUUAGUCCUUGCUCCUCCAAAAAUGAAAAGUACCAAAACAGCCACAGAAGUGGGCAGGACCUUUGCCACAAUGUUUUCGGACAUAACCUUUCGGCAGAAGCUCCUAGAAACCAAAACAGAAGAGGAGUUCAAGGAAGCCUUAGUCCACCAACGCCACUUAUUGACGGUGGUGAAUCAAAGACCUUCGAUAAGUGAUGGGCACAAGUCACACGGCCAUAAACCGCUCAAGUUGCAUGAGUUUCUCAAUGUUGGCAAGGGGAUUUCUGAUGACAUUGCACGAAGAUUUCCAGUGUACGCUUUGGACUUCACUGAUGGUAUUAUUGGAAACAACAAAGCUAUAGGGAAAUACAUCACAACUAUGAUCUUUCUGUAUUUUGCCUGCCUCCUUCCAUCCAUUGCUUUUGGGUCACUCAAUGAUGAAAAUACUCGAGGAGUUAUUGAUGUUCAGAAGACAAUCGUUGGCCAGUGUAUUGGGGGGCUGCUUUAUGCACUCUUUUCAGGGCAGCCUCUAGUUGUACUCCUAACUACAGCUCCUUUAGCACUCUACAUCAAUGUCAUCCGAGGAAUCUGUGAUGACUACAACUUGGAUUUCAGUGCUUUCUAUGCCUGGAUUGGACUGUGGAACAGCUUUUUCCUUGUGAUGUACUCCCUCUUUAAUUUCAGUCUCCUGAUGAAACUCUUUAAAAGGUCAACAGAAGAAAUAAUUGCACUUUUUAUAUCCAUCACAUUUGUGCUUGAUGCCUUCAAAGGCAUCAUUAAAGUUUUUAAGAAAUAUUACUACAGUGGGCGCACAGGAGAAAGUUACUUGGAAAAAGCACCAACUGAUGCUAUUCCAAGCCUCGGCAUCAAUACCACCUUCUUGAUGAAUUCAUCAGUGAGCAGAUCCAUGUCCCUAGAGAAUCAAACAGGCACGCAUGAUGUGCAUUAUGGACGUGAAACUGCCGUCCUUAGUCUCAUGUUGAUGUUGGGUACCCUUUGGCUUGGUCAUACGCUCUAUCAGUUUAAGAAAAGCCCUUAUUUGCAUGCCAGAGUACGUGAAAUUCUGUCCGACUGUGCCUUACCGAUUUCAGUUCUGACUUUCUCUGCUGUGGGUUCCUAUAUCUUCAAGGAAAUUGAAAUGUCCAAAUUUAACUACAACCCAUCUGAGAGUUUGUUCGUGCUGGCCCCAGUCCAGUCACUCUCCAUUGGGUCAGUGAUGAGUGCCAUGGGGCUGGGGUUCCUCCUGUCGAUGCUCUUCUUCAUAGAGCAGAACAUCGUGGCAUCACUCACAAAUGCACCGGAGAACAGGUUGGUGAAGGGAACAGCUUACCACUGGGACCUCCUGCUUGUUGCGCUGAUUAACACAGGGCUGUCUGUCUUCGGCCUUCCAUGGAUCCAUGCUGCCUUCCCUCACUCCCCAAUGCACGUCCGUGCCCUGGCUUACGUGGAGGAGAGGGUUGAAAGUGGACACAUCUAUGAGACGAUUGUGAGUGUGAAGGAGACCCGGUUGACAAGCCUAGUGGCAAACUUCUUGGUUGGCCUCUCCCUUCUGCUUCUCCCUUUCCCUCUUCAGUGGAUCCCAAAGCCAGUGCUCUAUGGACUCUUCCUCUACAUUGCGUUGACCUCUAUUGAUGGGAACCAGCUCUUUGAAAGGGUGGCACUCCUGCUCAAAGAACAGACUGCUUAUCCUCCGACACAUUACAUCCGCAGAGUGCCUCAGAGGAAGAUCCACUAUUUCACAGGCUUGCAGGUCCUGCAGCUCCUCAUCCUCUGUGGUUUUGGCAUGUCACCGUUGCCCUACAUGAAGAUGAUCUUCCCACUCAUCAUGAUAGGGAUGAUCCCAAUCAGGUAUAACCUGCUCCCUAGGAUCAUUGAAGCCAAGUACUUGGAUGCUAUGGAUGCAGAACACUAAACGGGGUCCUCUGCACACAGAGCAGCGAGGACAGCUCUGUCAGAGUUGGGAGGUGGCUUUGCCGAGGCAUAGAACAAUCUAUCUCAGUUCUUUCUUUCACCACUUUCUUUCUGCUCUAAUACAGCAUUGGUAAUCCACACACAUCAAAGAUCAAUUGAGCGUUGAAGUGUCAGACCAACCCAGCCGUGGACUAGGGAGGCUGAUGCUCCUUGGAGCUGUGAGGCAAGCAAGCUUUAUGGAAACUGCUGCUUUCCACAUCCCCAAAGUGGAAACCCCAAAGAUCAGCAUGUCUGUAUGGUUGGAGCAUGCGUCCUCAGAGUUGUCAUGUGUUCCCUUGUUUGAG